AUGGAAGAUGUGUUGUCUACAAGGCCAUUUGAAGGGAAAGAUCAUGCACAUCUUUAUCAGAAAUACAGAUUUGGUCCACCUGAAGAUCUACAAAAGAUAAUCUUCUCCUACUUGGAAAAAAAGACAACAAAGCCCUACAAGCUUGCUGUGGAUGUUGGCUGUGGAUCUGGGCAAGGCACGAAAGUAUUGGCUCCCUAUUUUGACAAGGUAGUGGGCAUAGACAUCAGCGAGGCCCAGAUCAACCAGGCAAAGCAGUCACCUAAUGCCCUGAACAUUUCUUACAUUGUUGGCCCUGCUGAAAAACUCCCCUUGGAAGAUGGCUCCGUAGACCUUAUCACUUCUUUUGCAGCCAUCCACUGGUUCAACAUAGGACCUUUUUUGAUGGAGGUUGAAAGGGUCUUAAAACCCUGUGGUUGCAUGGCCCUCAGCACCUACCUCCCCUACAUGAAUGUGUAUUACCACAACUAUGCAGAGAAACUUGAAGAAAUUGUGAAUGAGGCCAUGGAUUUCCUUGUUGACAGUGAUGCCAGUGAAAGAAUAAAGCUUGUAGUGUCUGAGUACAAGGACAUAUUCAAUUCUGUGACUUUGUGGGACAAAAAUAAGUAA